ACCUCUUUGGUAGUGUUCUUCUCAUGUCAGUCAGGGACAUAGCAGCAGUCCAAGUUCAUCCCAGCUUGAUGCUUUGCUUCGUGGUCAUAGCUGGUUCAUGCCCUGGGCACAUAACUAUCCACUAAUCUUAGGAGGGAAAGGAAUAUUGGUUACUGAUAACCAGUGAGAAAUUUGAAGUUAAAGUUGGAAGAAAAUAGGGAAAGUGAACUCAUGUCAUGUCAUGGUUCAUCUACAAUCAAAAGGAAUGUAGCUACUCCAUGUUUCAGUGAAAGCCAACAUCCAAAAGGUAGUGAUGGCACUUGGAGACUACAUGGGUGCUUCAUGCCAUGUCUGCAUUGGAGGAACAAAUGUUCGGGCUGAAGUUCAGAAGUUGCUGGGCACCCCAGGCUGUGUCUUUGACAUGCUUAACCGGCGAUACUUAUCUCCUAAAUACAUCAAACUGUUUGUUCUGGAUGAAGUAGAUGAAAUGUUGAGUCAUGGUUUUAAGGACCAGAUCUAUGAUAUAUUCCAGAAACUCAGUGGCAAUACUCAGGUGGUGCUCCUGUCAGCCACCAUGCCCUCAGAUGUGCUGGAAGUGACCAAGAAGUUUAUGAGGGAUCCUAUCAGGAUUCUAGUCAAGAAGGAGGAGUUGACAUUGGAAGGCAUUCAUCAGUUUUACAUAAAUGUGGAACGAGAGGAGUGGAAGCUAGAUACCUCGUGUGAUCUGUAUGAAACGCUGACUAUUACCCAAGCUUUUAUCUUCAUCAAAACCCGCCGAAAGAUGGAUUGGCUUACUGAGAAAAUGCAUGCCCGUGACUUUACUGUGUCUGCAAUGCCUGGAGACAUGGACCAAAAAGAACGUGAUGUAAUCAUGAAGGAGUUUCGAUCAGGUUACAGUCGGGUGCUUAUUACCACUGACUUAUUGGCUAGAGGCAUUGAUGUUCAGCAAGUAUCUUUGGUUAUUAAUUACGACCUUCCCACCAACCAGGAGAAUUAUAUUCAUAGAAUCAGCCAUGGUGGGCAUUUUGGUCGUAAAGGUGUGGCCAUUAACAUGGUGACAGAGGAAGACGAGGAUUCCUCGAGACAUUGAGACCUUCUGUAACACCUGCAUUGAAGAGAGGCUUCUCAAUGUGGCUGACCUCAUCUGAGGGCCUUCCCCACCUAAUUUCACCCAGGGCCCUGCUCUCUGGGAUGGGGGGAAGGGGAGCUGGAUGGGAGGAGGGAAGAAGAGAUGGACACCUUUGUGAUUUUUUCCUUUUUUUUUUUUUUUUUUGACUUUGAAUAAAUGUCAAUUUUUGAGGCAAAAAAAAAAAAGUUCUCUAGGGUUGAAGUAGGUCUGGGUGCUGAGAGGACUGGUCACUGAGGAUCCAGAUGUUUUAUUGACUUUUCAUAUUUAAAUGUAGAAACACAUUCCAAAGCCAACUACAUUUUCUUUUAUGAUCCACAUCUCUGUUCUCUCACCUUUUCCCUAUCCCCAUUAACAUGAAUAAUCUAGAAGUAGUUCUGUUAGUAUGUUUGGAAACAAGUGAGAUAUUGAUUUGUUCAAACAACAUUUAUUCAGCACCUACUAUGUAUAAAACAUGCUGAGAGAGAGUUUUAGAUAAGAGGUCUCUGUCUUUACUGAUCUGAUAUUAUUGAAUAAAUUGCUAGGUGUGGUCUGGGGAAGAAGAUUCUUCCCGGUAGAGGAUCAGGGAAGACUUUAUGUAAGAGGUGGCAUUUGAAAGGGUUUGAUAGAGUUCCUCAGACUGGAUUCCAUUAAAAAGUGCACUGAUCUGGCAAUCAGGAGGCCUAGCUUCUAGUUCUG